CUAUCGCUAUUCGUUGCGGUGAUAAUAGUAGAGACGAGGAGUGGAUCCAACCACUCCGUGUUUCGAGUGUCGUAUAAAGAUUUGAUAAGUGCCGUGGCAAUUGACCGCAUUAUUCUCGCUGACAGUAAAGAUUUUGCCGGACCUGGUUCAGCCCGUACCCAGAGCCUUGGACUCGGCGGUUUAAAGUGCUUCGGUGAACGUUUCCGAGGUGCAGAAGUGCUGCUUUCCCAAACGGUGUUGGAGGCCCCUCGAUUAUGGGUGUCGUUAACGUGACUCACCGUGCUCCCAGCCACCGCGGAAGCGGGAAUAUAUAAAAAUUGUUAGCGGAAGGAAAUCGCGCCGCGUUCCGAAGGGACAAUUGAUCGCAAUUGAGGAUCAAGAACCCGAGAGAUGGAAGAUGAAGCCAACGGGAGAGAGGCUAACAAAACUUGCGGCGUUUGCGGGGACAGAGCACUCGGCUAUAAUUUCAACGCCGUUUCCUGCGAAAGCUGCAAAGCCUUCUUUCGCAGAAACGCUCUUAAGAACAAGGACUUCCGGUGCCCUUUCACGGAAAAUUGUACAAUAACGGUGGUGACGCGUCGUUUCUGCCAGAAGUGCCGUUUGGACAAGUGCUUCACGAUCGGUAUGCGAAAGGAGUACAUAAUGACGGAGGAAGCGAAGGUGUUGAAACGGCAGAAGAUAGAGCAAAACCGGGCGAAGAAGCGGCCUCAGCACGAGACGACAAAGACGCCGAAGCUGAAGAGGGAGAACGUUGAAGAGAACAGUUUCGAUCAAGAGUCCUCCUCGUUGCCCUUCGGGCCACCGGAAACUUACAUCUGGGAGUCGGACCGGAAGUACACGGACCUUGACGGAAACAGACAGCAAGUGACGGACAGUAUGAGCCCGGUGACAGCGGCAAGUGUUCCGAGUCCUUCGAGUCCACCGGAAGGAGGAAACGUCACGGGUUCGAAGACCUUGGACAUGCUGAGGGACCAGGGCACCGUAAGGUACGAGCAGAACCCACCGAGGUUCGAACAAGGUCAGGGUACCUUUGAAAAGGUGAUCCAAGGGCGUGGAAAGUACGUUGGAAACACGCCACCACCGUCGGUUGAGUCUUACGAAAGCUCGGCCGGCUUCGAGACGUCUUCUCAGAAGUUCCUUAAGCUCGACGAGUCGGUGAUGAGCUUGCAGGGAAAUAUGGAGCCAGAGGUUUCGAGGUACAAGUCGAACCUCGCAAGCUUGGAAGUCCGCUGCGCGACACCUUCGGGUUCCUCCAAGUACGGCGAGAUGAGUAGAUUUGACGGAAGUCGGUUUGGACAACUCCAUAGUUCGAAUGACUUCGGUCAAAAAUCGUCGACGAUCGAUCCGGACUCCGGUAUGCACGGUUCGGGGGCCAAGAUUACGGAAAUUCCGGAAACUGCCUGCCGGAAACCGAAGGAAACUUGUCCCAAGGAGUCCGAUUUGGUUUCCAAGGUGAUGCAGGAGCCCCGGUUGAUCGCGAGGAUACUCAGCAAUCCCGAAUUCGCGGCUAAGAUAUUUCAGGAUCAGGGAUUCAUAUCCAAGAUCAUCACCGACACCGACACCGUGUCAAGGCUCGUUUCGGAUCCUCAGAUAUCCAAGUUCCUCGAGGAGAGCGACGUCGGUUCCACGGACGAGAUAACGGCCGGGUCGCAGAGCAACGUUAAGCCGCGUACGGACUUCGGUGAGAACUUGGCGAACAACGGCAUAACCGACAACAUGAUAAGGCACAUGCUUGACGCGGAACAGAAAGAGGUAGAGAAUCCCAUUCUGACAAAUCUGAUCACCAACCGGAAUUCGGCCGAGUGUAAAAACGCCAAUGGCGAACCGAGUGCCAGCGGGGAUUGGUCCAAAGCUGAGGACGUCGCUAGGGAUAUUCUGCAGGAUGUUCAACGGAUCCCAAUCACGGUCAAUUCCAUAGAAUCGAUACUCUGCGAGGCUAUAAAGUUGGAAUUCUCGGCAUGUUCGACACUCGGUGGAAAUCGUAACAGCAGAGAAUUGAACGACGCCGAGCGGGCGAAAUUGAACGAAUUAAUUGUCGCUAAUAAAGCUCUUUUGGCACCGUUGGACGAUGACAUCACUAAUUUGGUUGGCGAGGACUGCAGAUUCAAGGGAAACGCCGGACAGUCCGACCCGAUGCUACUGGACGUGAUAAACCUGACGGCAAUAGCGAUCCGAAGGUUGAUCAAAAUGUCGAAGAAGAUAAACGCGUUCAAAAACAUGUGCCAGGAGGAUCAGCUCGCUCUUCUGAAGGGCGGUUGUACCGAGAUGAUGAUCCUACGUUCGGCGAUAAAUUACGACCCGGACAAAGACAUGUGGAAGAUACCCCACAGCCAGGAAAGGAUGUCGAAGAUAAAAGUGGACGUCCUGAAGGAGGCCAAGGGGAAUUUGUACGCGGAACACUCGAGGUUCGUCAGGACUUUCGACCCGAAAUGGAGGGACGAAAACAUCAUUCUCAUACUGAGUGCCAUAGCUCUGUUCACACCCGACAGACCGCGCGUCAUUCAUAGCGACGUGAUAAAACUGGAACAGAACUCUUACUACUACCUGCUGAGGCGAUACUUGGAGAGUGUUUAUCCCGGCUGCGAGGCGAAAUCCACCUUCUUACAGCUGAUACAAAAAAUUUCGGAACUCCACAGACUAAACGACGAGGUCGUCGGUGUUUACUUGAACGUAAAUCCGUCGAGCGUCGAACCGCUACUGAUCGAAAUAUUCGACUUGAAGCACUGAUGAACGCUCCUAGCAACAGGUCCCGACGUGUUUGCGCCGAGUGAACAACAAGUCGGAAGCAGCGAGCCCUCGGACUUUGUUUACGUUUCUCGCGUCUCCGUUUCGAGAAAAGUUUUACAGCCGCGGGAUUCGCCUCUGUAAUAAUAAUAAUAAUAAUUAUGGUAAUUUCUUUCCACUCUCAGCUCACGUCAAUGACCGUUAGAUUCGACAAUCUUGUAGAGCAAUUUAACGUCUAAGCAGCUUUGAAGAGCUGACACUUCCGGUUGCUUCAACACCUAAUUGUAAGCUACACGCGCGUUUGACAAAGCAAUCGAAACAAUUCUCGCAACUCGUAAUUGUAACAGAAUGCACGUUGACAAAAAAAUUAAAGUUGCACUCGUUUAGGGCGAUUUACGCGGUUUUCUAAUCGCUCGUUUCGUUCAUAAAUAUUUCAUUCAGUUUUCCAAGAAUCCAAGAACGUAUAAUUUAACAAAGAUUUUGAUCGUCGCGUCGUUUUACGUGCAAAUUCGUAAGUGCAAGAAUAAAUCGACGUUAUUAAAGUUUUAUCGAUCCGUCGAUGGAAUUGAACUCUGCUCAAGAUGAAUUUCAACUGAAAUUAUUCUGCUUACAGAAUUAUUUACUAUCCGAUAUUUUUCUUCGAAAAAUAAAUAGUUUUCGAUCCGAUAAAAUCACGUGUGUGUAAUUAUUUAGGUAGUAACGAAAUUUGGGUAUAAAAACGUGUAUCGAAUCCAAUACGUCAAUAAUAACAAUUAUUGUGUACGCAAUAAUUUCUGUAGAUAAUUUAGUUUACGACGUUAUCGAUAACAUGUCGGUUAUUUUAGUUGUGAUUAUUAUUAUUGUUACGUACUAGUUACCACGGUUAAAUUAUAGAACUAUUAGGUUUGUGAUAAUUUGUAUCAGCUAUAUAGGGUAUAUUCUGCGUUAAAAACUCGUGACUUUGCAUGAUAUUCUAAAGGUAAAUAUAGAAAAUAUAGUAACGCGCGUUGCUAAACAGCUUUAACCGAGUGUAAUAUUUUUUUAAAUUAAAUUCAAAAAAUAUUGUAGUAUAUAUGUAAGUAUAACGAUAAAAGUAUUCAACCUUGUACAUACAAACCUGUAUUCAUGUUGCAGGAAUAUUUUUAAUCAACGCGACAAAGAGAUGACAAAAAAAGAGACGAAAAUAAUUAACGGAUAAGAAAUAUGUAGAAAUAAGUGUAGAAGAAUUCGUGAUUCACGUAAUUCGUUGAAAUGCCAGUUCAAACAUCCAAACAAAAAAAAAAAAAAAAUAUUUAAUUUUAAUUCGAAACUUGUACAAUAUUUAAGUAAAGUUUCCAUAAUUCUCCGGGUGAGAAUAAUUCACGUCGAUUGGAAUAAAACAAGAAGAUUAGAUUAGAAAUUAUUCUACGUUAAAAAAAAAAAAAAGAAAAAAAAAAAAACCAAUUCAAUUCAAACGAUUUCAACUUAUCGAAAUCAAUGCUUAAUGAAAGUAUUGAAAUAAAUAAUUUUCUUGUAUUUCUUUCGACCGUAUAAAAUAUGCGUGUAUUUGAUUGUUGUAUAAUGUUAUAAUAAUGUCGUUUGAAAAGUGAACUAGAACGAUUUUCAAAAUCGUUGCAAAUAUUACAAAAUAACAAUAACAAUAACAACAACAACAAUAAUAAUAAUAAUAAUAAUAUGUUGGGGGCCAACGCAGAAACGUGCGCGUUGUUAAAAAAGUUUUAAAAAAAUGUUAAUAUUUUAUAUCAAACGUAUAAAUACGUGAAAAUAUGUAUAGAUUAUAUAUGGAAUGCAGCUUUGGCUUGUGUCUGGUAUUACAUGUUUGAGAAAAAAAAAAAAAUGUGUGUAAAAAAUUUUGGUAAUCAUUGGCUUUCGCGUGGAUACCAGAGACUUGCGAAAAAUUGCGUCAACUUUCCGCGACUCGAUAGAGAGUUAAAGUGUAAGCGUAUUAAUAGCGUACACAAAGAUUGUGAUAAACUCAUAAAAUUAUAUUUUUCAAUUACAAAGGAGUUUCAUGAA